AAAAUGGCGACCGAAACGAAUGUACAGGCGAUGAGUGAAACAAUUAAAGGUCAAAUUUUUGAAGUUGGUCCGCGUUAUACAGAAUUAGUAUACAUCGGAGAAGGAGCAUACGGAAUGGUUGCGUCAGCAUUUGAUAAUGUAACAAAGGCCAGGAUGGCUAUCAAGAAGAUUUCUCCAUUUGAACACCAGACCUAUUGCCAGAGAACAUUAAGAGAAAUAAAGAUUCUCACAAGGUUCAAACAUGAGAAUAUCAUCGAUAUCAAAGACAUUCUUCGAGCCCCCUCCAUAGAACUUAUGAAAGAUGUCUAUAUUGUUCAAACUCUGAUGGAGACUGACCUGUACAAGCUACUGAAAACUCAGAGGUUAAGUAAUGACCAUAUCUGUUACUUCCUCUAUCAAAUCUUACGUGGGCUGAAAUAUAUCCACUCAGCUAAUGUACUCCAUCGUGAUCUAAAGCCUAGUAACCUUCUUCUCAACACUUCCUGUGACUUAAAGAUUUGUGACUUUGGCCUGGCUCGUGUUGCUGAUCCAGAUCAUGAUCACACAGGAUUUCUAACAGAGUAUGUUGCCACCAGGUGGUAUCGUGCUCCAGAGAUCAUGCUAAAUAGUAAAGGCUAUACAAAGUCGAUUGAUAUAUGGGCUGUUGGAUGCAUCCUUGCUGAAAUGAUAUCUAAUAAAGCUAUUUUUCCAGGGAAGCAUUACUUAGAUCAGUUAAACUUAAUCCUUGGGAUUCUUGGUUCUCCAUCUCAAGAAGACUUUAAUUGUAUAAUCAACGAAAAGGCUCGGAGCUACCUCCAGUCUCUUCCAUCUAAACCCAAAGUUCCAUGGGAAAAGUUAUAUGCAGGAGCUAAUCCUCAAGCUAUUGAUCUUUUGGACAGAAUGUUGACCUUUAAUCCUCACAAGAGAAUCACUUUAGAGGAUGCCCUAGCCCAUCCUUAUCUUCAGCAGUAUUAUGAUCCUGAUGAUGAGCCUGUUGCUGAAGAACCAUUCCGUUUUGAAAUGGAACUGGAUGACCUGCCAAAAGAACGACUUAAAGAACUAAUUUUUGAGGAAACAGUGUUGUUUAAAGAAAAACUUUUACAGUAACUGCCUUGACUGAAGUAAAAGUUUCAGGAAAAUGUACAAUCAACUUCUCUUUGUUUGACCGUCAUCUGUUUGCCAGACAUAUUCCAUAGUUUUCCAUAUGAUGUUUCAUACUGGAAACUGCAAUCCUUCAUUUUAUCUCUGUCUACAGGGUAUUCUUUUUUGGCUGAUAUCACAUUCAUGUUACAGCUUGUGAUUUAACACUGAUGUUUUGUGUGUGUAUCAUUAUGUGAAGUUGUUGAACAUGAUAUCUGUCUUUAGAGUACAUUAAAUUAAAACUUUGUGCUAAAAACAUCAACAGUUACAGUUGUAAUUAUUUUUUUCAGUCAGUUUGGCAUCAUGUAACAUUCUUAAGUAUUAUUAAAGUUUUCGUCAUGUUGUGUCUUUCAUACAUACUCAGUUGUUAUGUGUAACAGCUGGUUUCAUAGCAGCUUUCUCUUCUAGUAUGUGUAAAUGUUUUAUAAAUAAAAAUGUAGAAUUAUGUAAUUUGUCAUUAGUUAAUUACCUUGUGAAUAUCAGAUAGAAUGAAUAAUUCAAGUUGAACUCAAUACUCGUUGUUACAUUAUUAUUACAUGGAUAUAGUUUAUUAAGGGUUUGUAACAAAAGGUUUAAUUGACUACACUUUGUUACUGAAUGAUCAUCUGAUGCGAGUGAUAUAGAGGAGUAUUGUUCAAACUUUAUAGUAAAUGUUUAAUAUUACAUUCACUGUUGUGAUAAUUUCAUAAUUGUUGAUUACUUAGAGUAUGGGAUGCAUUCAUUUAGAGGUUAUAGCAAAAUUUAAGUGUUCUAAGGCAAUUUUUCCACUGAUUUAAUUUAGUUAUAUUACUAUUCAAAGGUUCAAACAAAUAAUUACAUAAUAAUAAUAGUAACUGGUAAAUUUCUUUUGAAUAUUGAUUAGUUGCUUCAAGAAUAAUUUUAGCUUUUGUGAUAGAAAAUUUUUCUACACAUCAAUACCCAUUGUUAUAAGUGAUUUUAGUUAAUAAGUAAUUUGUUGGUAAUAAAUAAUCAAAAUGUUUCCAACCAAAGUUAUAAUUAUUUAUAGGUACUUACUAUUGCUAGUUUUUUUAUUUCUUCAAAUUGUAUAUUGCAUGCUAAUGGACUAUGAAAUAUGCCUUAAUUGUUUAUUAGUUGUUGAUAGAAAGCUUUUAAUCAUGUUUAACUACAUAUUGGCAUUCACUGUUUUUGACUUACCACGUGUUAGUACUGACUUUCUGAUUAACUACAUAUUGAUAUUUAUUGUUUCUGUUCACUGGUAGAUUGUUGAAUGUUUUUUUACCUAUUUUAAGUGUUUUUCUGGUGAUUAGAACUUCUAAAAAAAUUUAUCUUUGUGAUGUUACUAUAUUUUUUUUCUGUUGAUGACUGAUUAGAAUGUUUUCUAUGAAUAAAUAUUAGUCUUUCUGCAAGAACUUAAAGUAUAUAGCAUAAAAAAAUAUACAAUUUGUAGACAAAAAUGUAAUGUAUUGGUUGCAAAUUCUGAUUCUAAUUAUUCUAAGGAUGAUUGUAUUAUUGUUGCAUGGGAAGUGUACUUGUAUUCUAAAUGUUAAUGGUACUAAAUAAGAUUGUUUACAAUGUUAUGCACUUAAUUAUUUGAAUGAAUGUAUAUCUAAAAAUAUGAAAUCUGCCAUUAUUAUGAAAACAUAUCAACAACUUAAAGCAUGCCCUAUAUAACCCACAUUGCUAAUCAGACCAGACUUCUUAUUUUUAUUGUAUGUGUGUUUUAACUAAGGAAGAAUAAUAUUGUGUAAAUGUGCUUUAUGUAACCCUUAUUGCUAAUCAGACCAGAUUUCCUACUUUUGAUGUUUGGUUCUAAAUAAGGAAGAAUAAUACUAUGUAAAGGAUGCUGUAUGUAACCCACAUUGCUAAUCAGAAUGGAUUUCAUAUUUCUAAUGUAUGUGUGUGUUUAAAUAAGGAAGAACAAUAUUGUCUAAUGCAAUGCUAUAUGUAAUCCACAUUACUAAUUAGAUCAGAUUUCAUACUUCUAAAAUAUGUGUUUUAAAUAACAAUGAAUAACCCUGUGUAAACCAUGCUGUAUGUAACCUAUAUUGCUAAUAAGAUUUCAUACUUCUAAUGUAUGUGUUUCUUAGAUAAGGAAUACUGUGUUUUUGUUUUCACAUAAUUCCGUAUUGGUAACCAGAAAACUCUUAUUCUAUCUAAAUGUGUGUGUAGCUGUUAGUUACAAGUAUAAAAAAAUGAUUUAUCAUUCUUAUUGUUAAGGUUAGGUUUAUUUUGUAUGAAUACCAUAGCAAUUUGUUAUACCUAAUUCUUUAAGUUUUGUAAUGGAAUAUUUUAAGGUUCAACUCGCAACUUAGGAAAAAUUAUUAAAUCCACCAUGCUUUUAUUAAAGUGCAUCUAAGAACACAAAGCAACAUAUGAGAUAUAUGCAUGCAAGUUCAUGUCCUUCUCCUGAAUAAUAGCAAUAUUUCAUAUCAAGUUUGUGUUAUGUUAAUUUUAUUAACUUGUCACUGAACUAAGAACUGGACAUGGACACUCAAAGGGUAUAGUAACAUAUCUGAAACUCUUAAUAUGAAGUUUUCUAAGUAAAAUAUUAUGGUACCAGGUAAUGUUAAAUUGUAACUAGUUGGAUACAGAAAAUAUAUCUUUGGUAGAACCCAUAGGAUUGUUGUGAUUUGUUAACAAGUUGUAACUUCUUAUGAUAGGGUUGAAAAUAGCCCUGUCUGAAAACGUAAACCUUGGGGUAAACGUAGGGCUUGUAUUUGGAAAUAUAUGUCUAUGAAGUUUGUAAUUGAACCUGAAAUAUAGAUCUGUAAGUUUCGUGUUUGGACCUGAAAGCUUUAUGCUUGAACAUUUAAGUAGAGGUAUAUACAUUUGGAUGUACAGACACACACAUCUCACUAUCUGUAAAGCCGAUAUUUGCAUGUGUGACUGUAAAUCUCUAAGGUUUAUAUUUCAACAUAAAACUAUAUCUUUAAGACUUAUAUUUAAACCUGAAACUGUAGACUUAAUUAUACAAAUGUAAGACCUGUAUUUAGGUAUAUAAUCAUAUAAAUGUAAGACUGGUAUUGGGAUAUAUAGAAUUAUAUAAAUGUACAACCUGUUUUUACAUAUAUAAUCAUAUAAAUGUAAUACUGGUAUUGGGAUAUAUAAUUAUAUAGAUGUUAGACCUGUUUUUGGAUAUAUAAUUAUAUAGAUGUUAAACCUGUAUUUGGAUAUAUAAUUACACAAAUGCAAAAACUGUAUUUCUAUGAGCGGUCUUAAGCUACACUUGGAUGUAUAACCAUUAAUUUAUAUUAAAAUAUAGUAUUAGUUACUUUUAAUUGUAUGGGCCAUAUUUAGAAAGACUGGUGUACAAAAAUUAAAGCAAUUUGCACAAAUACUUUUCUUGUGCCUUAACAGUUAAAUCUGAUAGAUUUGCAGUUUUUUUUUGUACUUAAGGAAGAAAAUUAUCUUUCAUCUCUAAAGUUAAUAAAUGUGUAAGCUUUUGAGCUGUGAUCAAAUUUUUACCAUCUGAUGGAGUAAAAGUUAAAAAUGAUGAAAAUACUUGAAGCUAAAAAUGAUAAGGUUUAUGCAUAUCAUUUAUAUUAUAAACCCUCAUGCUCCUAGUUACAAAUAGACUUGAACUGGUAUCACUGAAACUAUAUUUUACCUCUACAAUCGUAAUGUUAAACAUUGCACUGAUAAGCAUUCAUAUUAUAUCUGCUUAGUGUGAACCAUCAGUUAGGGUCAGUAGCUUAAAAUAAAGACAUGUAAAGUUAAAUUACUUGCAUUAAAGUCGUUAUCAAAAAUAUUAUAUUUCCAAUGUCAACAAACCAUAACUUAUAUAUCUUUAGUGGAAGUUUAAUGUUAUUUGAGUUCUUAGGCAGUUAGCAUAAUACAGUAGUUGGUUUGUUGACAUUGGAAUAAUUUUCAAUAACGUUGUCCGUACCUGUAAAGUUUGCAUGAAACUUGAGCUGUAGUUGAUAUUAAUAACUUAUCUGUUUGUCACUGUUUUGUAUAUAUGUUUUAUGUAUAGUGACUUUUUUAUCAGUGUAUUUAUCAUCCUUUUGAUCUGAGGAAUGUCAACUGCAUUUCUUUUCUGUUAAUGUUAUUUUUUUUUAUUUACUUUAAUAUAUAUUUUUAAUAAACAUUCUCAAUGUUUGAUUGUGUAAACAAUUUUAGUGAAUAAGUUACUUUUCAAACAGAAAAUUGCCAAAAUAUUGAUGUUAUCAUAGUAGUUAAAUAUUCAUGCUAAGUGGGUUGUUUUAAUAUUCAGAAUGUAAUCUUAUAUUAUAUGGUACAUCAAGAUUCGUUUAUGUAUAUAUAAUAUACGUUUUUAAACAAUAAUCACUAACCUACUUGUAAUCGUUAUAGCAAAUGUAUCUACAUCGAAAUCAGUGUUUUCAGUUUUAUUAGGUAUGUAAAAUGUAGUUGUAUUCUUUGUACAGAAAAUGUUGUACUAAUAUUUAAACAUUUCAUAUCUUAAUUCUGUUAUAUAUAGGUGAAAGAACUUACUACCAAAGAAUGUUUUUAGAGAGUAUUAAUUUUAUUCCCAGUUUUUGAUAGUUACAUUUGUUCAUACAAGAAAAAAUAUGCACUAGGGUUUGUUUCCUCUCAACUGGUUAACAUAUCUUUGGUAGUGCUCCAAGUAGUGAAACUGCUUGCGUUACAGUUAUUGGUUACAAGUUAACAAUGGAUGUCUUCUUUCGAAAAGUUGUAAUAUUCACUGGACUGAAAAUAUGUUUAAAAUUGUUUUAUUAGAAGAGCAUUUUACCAUUCUUUAUCUGUGUUCAUGGGCACUGCCACAGUUUUUCCUUUUGGGGUUCAGUUCUGUUCAUAGUGCAUCUUUCUUACGCAUUAUUAAGGGAACUUGAUGAUGAAAAAAAUAUGUUGAAAUAAAUAUUCACACAAUUUUAAAUAAGCUGGAGACUGUUAUCAUUACUUAUUUGAAGUUUGUGUGUGUGCCACAAUUAUAUGUAUGAAAAUUGCUUGUUAAUAACUAUUUUCACCUUAUUAUAUAAGACAAGGCACACACAUUGUCAUUUGAAUCCUUCAGCUCAAGCAAUGUGUUGUACUUUAUCAAACUUACUACUAGGAAAUUGUAGGUGUAAACAAAUUGCCACACCUAUCUGAAAAUAAUAAGGAUUUGUCCUGGCCAGAAAGUGAUUUUAUAGUAUGGUGUUUGUUUGAUAAAUACAGUGUAGAAUAUGUACUUGCCUAUUCACAUUGCAUUGAGAAAUGAGACUGCUAACCAUUAAGUCUACUAAGAUUGUGUUUAGGAUACUGGUUUCCCUGGAAGGAGCUUUGGUAGCUCAUUCGAUUAAUGUUUAUUUGUAGUGCAAACCCAAUCUCCUUUACUUUAAAAAAAUGUUUAUAAUUAACUUUACCUACACAUACAUGUUAAAUGGUAUUUCAGUGAAAUAGGGUAAAGAAUACUAUAUAGCAUAUUUUUUGUCAAAGAUGAUUCCCUGUUUUGUAUGAUUUUUUUUUUGUAAACUUUCAUGGAUGUUUACAUUCUUGCUUUGGUGGCUCAUAAUUUCAUAGAUAACAGUUGUAUGUCUAUUGUAAGAUAAAACAAUGGUCAGUAUCUUUAUUGACAACUAAAAUUGUUUUAGAUUUGUUUGACAAGAGCAUUUCUUUUGUAAUAAUCUUGCCAUUUGACUAUUCGGGUAUUUAACACUUGAUACAUGCUAAUUCAGCCUAUUAAAUACAGUAUUUCAUUCCAGUGAAAACUAUGGAAAAUAUAUUUGGAUUUUUUUUUCAUUAGUCCAUUAAUGAAUAAUGUUUUUACAGUUAUGAACUGUAUUUUUUUUAUUGAUGCAUCAACAUGAUGUGGUAUAUUAUAUAGUGAAAAAUAAAACAAAUUAUCAGUUGUAAAUUUCAUUCAUAUUUUAUAACUGCAUGUUAAUUUAAAUAUCUUUAUAGUUACCGAGGCAUUGUGAUUUUAUGUGAUAAUUUUUCUUUGCUCCAGUAAUGUAUAUUGUCAGUCUUACAAAAUUAAAUGUGUCAUUGGAUAUGUUAUGUCAGUUUUGCUGAGAAAUUAUAGUGUAAUCAAUGCAACAUAGUUACAGGUACCACUUCACUGGACAUGCACAAAAAUAACAAAUCUGAAAGCUCUGUGAACACAAUGCACUACAGAACUGAUCAUGUUUUUCCAAAUAUGGUAUCUAUAUCUUUGGAAAUGUGAUAACUACAUAUCUUGUAACUCACUAAAAGUAUUUAAUAUCUUUUUCUGAACAAGAUGCCAUACGCUUCCAUGAAUUAUCAAUUUUUAUAUGUAUUUCAGAUUAUUUUUUAAGAGUAAAAUGGUACUGUAUUAUUUUUAACUCUUAUGUAGAUGGAGCAAACGUCUAAUACUGUACUGUAAAAAUAAGAAUAAAAAGAACAAGGAAAUCGAAA